CCCAUAUAUGUAUUAAAAAAAAAAAAAAAAAGACCUUUCCCUAUGUUCAAGAAUCUCUCUCUCAGUGAACCCAAAGGCAGUUCCGCAAGCUUGAAAACAUGGGAAUAUUAACAUGUGCCACUUCUUGUCAAUCCAAGCAAGAAAGCCAAACCCAACCCACCUUUCUCCAAUCAGAAUCCACUUCUCUCAAUUCCCAACCAAGCCUUCCAUCCGUCCUUUCUCUUUCCUCUCAAUCCCAACAUCCUUCCACAAACCAUCAGUGCAUCUCCACCCUCAAAGGCCACUCCUCUUACGUAUUCACCCUCACCAUCACCGGUAAACGACUCUACAGUGGAUCUUCUGAUGGAGAGAUUCGAACUUUGAACAACAUCAACCCUUCAGAAACCCAUUCGGGACCUGCAGAUUCAAGAAACAUUGUGCUGAUUGGAAAAAGUGCGGUCAAAUCGAUAUUGGUUUCCGGUGAAAAUCUAUUCAGUGCCCACCAAGACAGCAAAAUACGUGUUUGGCAAAUCGAAAAUCGCAAUUACAAGCUCCUUGCAACGCUUCCAACGCUUAAAGACCGUGUACUGAGGUUUCUCCCCACCAAGAACCACAUCCAAGUGCGUCGACACAAGAAAUGUACAUGGGUCCACCAUGUCGACGCCGUAUCCGGACUAGCCAUAUCGGAAGACACCACCAUCCUGUAUUCAGUUUCUUGGGAUCGAACGCUCAAAAUCUGGCGAACAUCCGACUUCCGAUGCUUGGAGUCAGUGGCUAAUGCGCAUGACGAUGCAAUCAACGCAAUUACGGUCUCUAAUGAUGGAUUCAUCUACACGGGUUCGGCUGACAUGAAAAUUAAAGUGUGGAAGAAAUUUCCAAAGGAGAAAAAUCAUUCACUGGUGGCGACUCUUAAACAGCACAAGUCGGCUGUCAACGCGCUGGCAUUGAGUUCAGAUGGAAUGGUUUUGUAUUCGGGCGCUUGUGACCGUUCAAUCGUGGUAUGGGAGCGAAUGAGUGGUUCUACAUGCGGGGGCCAUAUGGUGGUAGUGGGGGCACUAAGGGGGCACGUUAAGGCUAUCUUGUGCCUGGCGUUGGUGUCGGACUUAGUAUGUAGCGGAUCGGCUGAUAAAACUGUUAGGAUUUGGCAAAAAGGAGUGGAGAAACGGUACGCUUGUUUGGCGGUUUUGGAAGGGCAUAAAGCUCCGAUAAAGUGCAUAGCUGCAGCCGUUGACCAUUCCAGUUCCUACACCUGUGGUACUUCUCAUCUCAUUUACAGUGGUAGCUUGGAUUGUGAUAUUAAGGUGUGGCAGCUUUUCUCUGCAACUCAAUCCUGAACAAGAGAGGACGACUCCUGUAGUCAAGGUCUCUUUUUUUUUU